UAGAAGCAGAAACAUCUAGACGACCUGUGAAGCUCCACAUGCCUGCUCUCUGUCUCUGACUGAGAUUUCAUCCAGGGUUUCACCGACAGACUGUUCUGUGGAGUCAUUACAUCACUCUGAGCCACCAACAGUCAGUGAACUCCUCUCAGACCCCUGCAGCCUCUCAAGCUGUCACAUCAGGACUGUUUGAACAUGACGGGUCAGACUGUGGGAGGCGUCAUCCAGGACCUGAUGGCUGUGGAGGGACUGGAGUUCAGGCCUCUGGGUGUGGCCGGGUCUUUCACUGGUGAGGCUGUUUCCAUCCUGUCCUCCACAGGCCAGCUGGCCCGAACCCUCCUUGGUCACACCUUUGCCCUCAAACGCAAAGAGAACCUUGCCAAUGGUGAAAAUAAGGUUGGCAGCAGCUGUGAUGAUGACAACGGCAACAAUAUGCGCCGCAAACGGGAGUUCAUCCCAAACGAGAAGAAAGAUGAAGGCUAUUGGGACAAGCGGAAAAAAAACAACGAGGCAGCCAAAAGGUCCCGAGAGAAACGUCGAGCCAAUGACAUGGUGCUGGAGAGGCGCAUCCUGGGCCUGCUGGAGGAGAAUGCUCGCCUGAGAGCCGAGCUGCUGGCCCUCAAGUUUCGCUUUGGUCUGGUCAAAGACCCGUCUGAUAUGUCAAUUCUGCCGCUGUCUGCACCCUUUUGUUCGCAUCCAACACCCAGCACAACACAAUACUACCAGCAUCACACUGAUGGACCAUCAUACCUCAACGCACAGCACAGCUCCAGUACCCACCACUUCCACCCUCCACAGGAGGGUGCCAUCUAUGGACCGAGGGGAGCAGGGCCUCUCUCAAGCCGUAGUGUGUCCGAGGACUCUGGCACAUCAUGUACCUCAUGUAGCUCAAACAUGGGCAGCCCAGUGUUUUGUGAUGAGACACUGAGUGAUCGUGGUGGGCCGUCUCCGAAAGAGCUGGUGGAGGAGCAGCAGGGCUAUGACUCCCACCUCUGUCCGUUGGAGGUCAACGAGAGUCAGUAUGUAAACAGACAAGAUUCACCUGAGGGUCUGAGAAGCCUCCCUCACAAGCUCCGCUUUAAAGCCCCCAGUGGGAGCAGCGAUGCAGGCGAGGUGUCUCAAUCCACUGAUAGUAGACACAGUGGACCACCUGUAGCCACAGUGGGGCCAAACAUCCAGGUGAAGAACCACCAGCAGGCAGGAUGGGACAGUCGUGUGGAGAGUCAGGGUGUCUGGUCCAGGGAGGAGGCCUGCGGUGAACUUGGGCAGAGGUACCAAAGUCCAUCCUUUGGAUGUUAUAACUCCACCUCUCUGCAGACCUCCAGGGACACCAAGCAACCGACGCAGGAUGUCAAUCUCUGGUCUCAGAUCAGCUGUCUGUCUCAGGAAGUAGCUCAGCUCAAGAAGCUCUUCUCUCAGCAGGUACUCUCCAAGAUAGUUUAAAACCUGAGCAGAAAAGUCCAGACUAAUAGGCAGAUUUCACAUCACAUCUUUCUCCAAACCAUCCCCCCUACAGACUGCUGAUUUCUACAGGGCAGCAUGGCACAAGUUCAACCUCUGUAAUGACAAACCUGAUGCUUCUGUUCCUUCACAUCACCUGUUUGACCGCAGAGGUUUAGUUUAGUGACAUGUUGUCUCUGUGACGAUCAACAACACACCUCAGACAAAACAUCCAUACAUGUAACUUUUAUCAACACCAUCAGUGUUGAUCAGACUGCAAAACUAGAAGUGAUUUAUGUGUGAAUUAUGUCCUUGAAUCAUGUUAAUUUUCCCUGAUUUGAAAGACGCCACAUGUCUGAAUACUUGACUAAGCAGGUCAGUCAGAAACACUGGAAGAACAUGUAUACAACGCAAAUCAUACGGUUAUAAUUUGUAACACCUCCAUCUCACCUUGUUCUCUCGACUCAGAUGUGGACAUAACAUUUAAACACAUUUGAGUCUUCUUUUGGACAACAUAUAGUUUGAAUGCUAUAUGUUGUUCAAUCUGUUCAAUCAGUUGUAUUAUCUUAUUAUAAAAAGUAGCAAAAAUGUAUGCAGUCCCAAAGAAGACGCACAAGUUAGCUGAAAAAAAACAUUUUUUGGACUGUACUCUUGUUUAUGUGAUCUUGUGUAUCAUUUACUGCAUUUGUACUGUAUCAGGUUUAUCUUAUGCCAGCAAGGUACGUAAAGAUGAGUAUUUAACUACAGAUUCAUAAUUAAAGUUAAAUCAAGGUUUUUUUGUUUGUUACAACACAGCUGGUGGAAUGAAUCUACACUACAUAUCAUACAACACCAGUGCAAACAUAAAGGACAUAAGUGAAAAACAUACACACGCCUACACAGCCCCACAUACCAUACAACUUUUGUGUAUUCUGUACUGUGAACUGUACUUGAAAAUAAAUGCAUAUGUUAUAUAAAA